AUGCUUCCGGGUACCAUUAAAAAUAAAGCUGUUCGUUUAACAACUAAAAAUACUAAUACGGUACAGAAUAACAACAACAAUAACAAUAACGGUGGCACGGUUGGUGGUGAAAAUGGUAGAAGUACAAGUACGAGAUCAAGAACUAGGAAACUCUCUGUAAAACAGCGAUUACCUAUUUAUAAAUACCCAGAACUCAAAGAUGAGAUCGAUAUUUUGGAUAAGCAACAAGGUUUAUUUGAACAUGAACAACUACCGUUACAGCAAAGAGACAUUAUUAGCAUUGAGACAGGUGUUGAAAAGCACGAAGAAAAGGAGGAGCAUUUAAAAAAUAUUUUAUUAAAUCAAAAUCAAUUAACCCAUAACUAUAUUCCUACACCUGAUGCAUCGAAGAAAUGGAAUGAAUAUAAGAAAUAUUAUCAGGGUAAUUUUGAAUACCCUACUGAAUAUAUUAAGGGUUCCAAUACUGUUGAAGAUUACUGUAGACCACCUUAUUUGAUGGAUGAAGAGGACGCUGAAUUUUUAAAGGAAUUAGGACUAAAAAAUGUUUGCGAAAUGAUGCUAAGUGAAGAUCAGUUUGAAUUUUUAUGUUCGAAAUUUGAGGAGAUAAUUCACGAAAGACAGCCAUUUUUAGCCGUUGAGCCGGAAUCGAUUUUAUCGUUUGAGGAAGUAAAACCAUUGUUAGUGGGAAAACUAACCAGUCCAAAUUUAAAAAACGAGUUAGCCAACGAGCUGAACGUGGAUGAAAAAAAAACGCAUAUCAGAUUGUUAUGGGAUUCGGAUAUUGUGAUGAGAUUGGAGUCAGAUGACCAAUUAAGCAUUUUAGAUAAUUUUGGUAAGCAAGUGUAUGAUCAUUGGAAGGCUAGGAAAUUAAAAAGUAAAGGAGAGUCUAUAUUCCCAGAAUUGAAAUUUGAAAAGCAUAGUGAUCAUGAUGAUCAUGAUCCAUAUGUUUGUUUUCGUAGAAGGGCACUCAGACAUUCUAGAAAAACUAGGAAAAUGGAUAUCCAGAAUAGCCAAAAGUUGCGCAUUUUAUUAAAACAGUUGGAAAGAACAAAGGAAAUGGCAUUAUACGUUUCUAAGCGUGAAAAUAUCAAUAAUAAUUUAUUAUUGAAUGAUUACAAGAUAUUUCUACAGAGAUCCGAGUUCAAAACAUUGAAGAGGAAGUUGAAUUCUACUGCAGAUGACCAAUUAUUAAUAGACGUUAAAAGAAGGAAGAAACCACCUACUACAUUUGCAGAACGCAAAAAUGUUUAUAUAUCAGCAGAAGAGGCGAAAAGGGCAGAUCUUAAAAGGAAACUUUGUGUGUCUGAAAAUUAUGAUAGUCAAACCAUUAAUAAUUCAGGCGUUAAACCUAUUUCCAGUUCCCAGGCUGUUAAGAUUAGCGGUACUACGUCUAAAAGGUCGCAAAAGGGUCCCAGAAGGAGAAAGCGUAGUACUUCUAAUGUUGACGCAGCUUUAGAUUCAACUUCAAGUCCACAAGUUCAACAGCCAAUAAAUCAACAACAGAAGCAGCAGCAGCAACAAGACACAAAGGAUAAUUUAUCCCAUAUUUACAUUAAAUUGUCUAAUAGUAAAAUUCCUGAUAUAGAGUUAGAGGAUGCUGAUAAAGUGCUUGGCUAUAAAGAAAUCAGUACACAGAGAUACGUCGAGGAUAAGAUGAAAAAAAGACAUUUGGAGGAUGGCAAUUGUAUGUUUAAUCUAACGGAUGAUCCACAUAAUCCGGUGUUUGAUAUAGAACUUCCUGAUCACUUGGUUGAUCCAUCAACGGUUUUAAAUUCCUCAAUUUCUGCCAAUAAAUAUAAAUUUACUAAGGCCUAUUAUUGUGGAGAUUUGGAUAGUUACUUGGAUGGAGUUAAGAAAAUUCAAGCCUUUGAUGCUAAUGGUACUAGAGUUGACCCAUCUGUGAAUGGUUCAUCAUUAGAAGUGUAUGAUGUGUUUGAUGAUAGUCCUGUAUAUAGCCAAGAGUUACCCAUACAAAUGAGACGCCGAGCUGGACGGUAUGGUGUUGAUUAUUUGGACAAAAGGCAAGACAAGAGAACCGAUCUUUUAAAUGAAUUUUUUGAUUUUGACGAGCUAGUAAAUCAAGAGCUGGAACAACAAUCUAUUGAUGUUUAUUCAUCUAAUUUGGAUAGUUACAUUAGAUUACAAGAUAAAUGGAAACAUGAUUACGAACAUAAUCUCUAUGGUAAUAAUGUUAAUGAGGAACCUGCGCUAUUAAAUAGGAUUCCAGAAGAGACUCAGGUCAUUAGAUUUGGUACUAUGCUAUGGAGUAAAGCUUACGAUCAAAGCAGAGAUGCAUUGGCAAAAUACAGAAAAGAACAAUAUUUACGUGUGAAAAAGCAGCAGCAGUUGCAACAACAGCAACAAAAAUUGCUUGAGGAACAAUUAAUACUGCAACAGAAACAGCAAUAUAAUGAAUCAUCCCAAGAUCAACAACUUCAAUCUCACCAGCAGCAACAGCAAAAACAACAGCAAAAGACAAAGCAACCAAGACAAAGAAAAAAUAAUAAGAAUAAUAAUAGUAAUAAUAACGUACCAAAGAAAUCUAAAAAAGCAAAGAACGAUGCAACUUCGAGUAGCCUUCGUUCGAAUAAGCCAAAUACUAAACUUAAUAAAAAACAAGGUUCCAAUAUCAAUGUUUCCGGCACGGAAUCUUCGACGCCCCCAUCGAAUAAUGGUGGUAAAAAAAGAUCAACAUCCCAUCUCUCUGCUACUGCCAAUGCCACCGCUGCCAAUGCCGCUACUACCACUACCGCUGCCAAUGCCGCUACUGCCAAAGCCGCUAAUGCUACUGCUACUGCCAGUACUACGACUCCUGUAAAUUAA